UAGACCUCACCUGUCCACCUCGCUGCCCGUCUUGCCGCUGACGCUACGUCCGGACCCUCGCAGCUCUACUGCCUCCAUCCCUGCACGUCUCGCGACCGACGUCAAAGAGCUGCGCUUGACCCCUCACCACCACCGCCCUCAUGUCCCUCCCUCCUGACUACUCCAACGAGAUCUCCACCCUCGACCGCGAAAUUCUCAAACACAAGCCCCACGACAUCCUCCAGUUCUGCGCAAACUUCUUUAAUCGCCGUCUCGAGUCGCAGCGAACCGAAUAUCUGCUGUCGCAACAGCACUCCAGUCCCCAGGGCCGUGCCGAGAACACCUUUCCCGGCAACAACCCCUUCAGCACCUCCCCCAGCAGCGGCAGCGGCUUCACCAAAUCCACAAUGCAGCGUCUCGAAGAAGAGGAGGAGAACGACACCAUGACCUCCCCCACUGCCUCGACCUUUGCAGCCGUCGACUUUAGCAGGUCCCGCGGCAGCAACAACGACUCGGGUGCGAGCGCGUUUGGCGACUUUGGCGGCUUUGGCGGCUCCUCAAAGAACAACAUCACCCAAAUGCCGCCUCUUUCAGGCGAAGGCCAGAACUUCCCCAGCAACUACAACACCAACAGGCGCACUUCCGUCUCUGCUGAGUCGCUCAACCCCGCCUCGAGUGCCGCCGACAACUUCACCCCACCUUUCCACCAGAAGACGCAGGACCAGCUAUCGCGCCUCAAGUCUGCCGUCUCAGGCAACUUUCUCUUUUCACAUCUCGAUGACGACCAGUCAGCCAUGGUGCUCGGCGCGCUGCACGAGAAGCCGAUACCAACAAAGGGCAUAAAGGUCAUUCAGCAAGGCGAUGUGGGAGAUUACUUCUACGUCGUCGAAAAGGGCUCAUUCGACAUUUAUGUCAACCAGUCGGGUAAGGUUGAGGGUGGUUUGGAUGGUGUUGGCAGCAAAGUAGGCACCGUCGGACCCGGUGGUUCUUUUGGUGAGCUAGCUCUCAUGUACAACGCUCCCCGUGCCGCAACCGUCACCUCAACAGAGCCAUCUACGCUCUGGGCGCUAGAUCGCAUUACCUUCCGUCGCAUCCUCAUGGAUAGUGCCUUCCAGCGCCGACGCAUGUACGAAGGCUUCCUAGAGGAAGUUCCUCUGCUGUCCACCCUAACGCCCUACGAGCGUUCCAAGAUUGCCGAUGCUCUCGAAACCAAAAAGUACCCUCCUGGAACAACCAUCAUUCAAGAAGGCGAUGUCGGCGAGUCCUUCUUCCUCCUUGAAUCCGGAGAAGCCCAGGUCUUCAAGCGCGGCGUAGACAGCGCCGUCAACCAAUACAAAAAGGGCGAUUACUUCGGCGAGCUGGCCUUGCUCAAUGAUGCUCCUCGUGCUGCAUCAGUCAUCAGCAGGACAGAGGUCAAGGUUGCAACGCUCGGAAAGAACGGCUUCCAGCGACUUCUCGGCCCUGUCGAAGGCAUCAUGAGGCGGAACGAUCCCAGCAAGGCUGCUUUCGAAGGCGAUCACGUCGAUCCGCUGUCUACGACUUCAUAAGCUUGACAUCAUAGGAUAUAAGAGGACAGGAUGCUGCACCCAUACGAAAGGUGAGCGGCAAUGUUUGCACAGACAGAAGACCAGGGCGUGGACAAUGUUGGCCCAGCAUGGUGCUGUCACUCUUCGGCGUUUUCGCGUGUAUUCCUAUACUUCCUACUGUCACUAAACAUCGCUUAAUGUCAUGGAAGAAGGUACGAAUUUCUUGGAACGA